AUGUCACGUCAGGGGUUCGGGCUGGAUGGACUCAAUUUGGUCGAGGAGGCGCAAAUCGAAGGUGCCAUCCGGGAAGUCAGGCGCAUUGCAGACACAAAUCCCUCCGCUCCAGAAUCCUGGGAACAACGGCUACACAUUGCACGGACGGUCAUCGCAACGCUGGACUCGACAGGGUUCAUGCAGAUGCCCAACAGAAAUACCGACCGGACAUUCGUCGUUGCAUCGUUGCAAAGUCUGGCUUAUCAUGAUGCGGAAGGUGCUGGGGUCCCCGAUGUCGCGGAGUGGUGUAUGAACCAGUGGCUAUCGUUGCUGCAGAGAAACGCUGAAGAUCUUUCUGCCCUCAGGGGUCUGGGUCAAGCGUGGCUAGCUCGAUCUCAAAGCGUUCUCGCACGAAUCCAUCGAACCGAGGGAAGCUCCUCCAGCGGCAGCAGCGGCCGGCCUCAGAGCCUAAGCGAGAGACUGUCAUAUUCGACGGCUGAAGAGUCCAGGGACGCAGAACGGGCAACUGCCGAAGCUGAUGCCAGAGCACACACGCCUGAUUAUGUGGAAGCACGCGGAAUGCUCAUUCCGGCGGUCGACUAUUUCUCUAGGGCUGUCGACGUGGCCGAAAGAGAUGGAGAACUCGCAGGGGAGCUGCUCUCAGAGGUCAGGACGAUUUCCUCCUUGGUCCAUCUAUCCGCCCGGUCUCCACAUGCCAAAUUUGAAACUGAGCGACUGACUUAUAACGGUUUCACUACCUUGCAGGCCGCCGAAGCGAACAUGAGUCUCGGCAACGUCUCAUAUUCCCAUCAGAAUGAGCAAUACUUUCACAGAGCCAUACGGUACCUGCGGCGAGCAUCGCAGAUACCCGGAUUUCGCUUAUCUGCUUACCUACAGAGGUACGGAAGUCUUGUCAUGUAUUCUAGAGUUCGUGACGUUCUUCAACUAACUGCAUACAUAGUUACCUCGAUGAUUUUGGCCGGUUGGUAG